AUGGAUCCAUUCUCUGCAGAAGGAGAGCUCGUCAACAUCCACAAUGCCUUCCACCAAGGCCAAUACCAGAAUGUGAUCGACUUCGACACAUCGUCAUUCUCCCCCGAGAACGCAUUGCCCACGCGUGUGCUGCAGCUCCGAGCCAAGAUUGCCCUGGGCCAGACGGAAGAAGUGCUUGCAGACGUCGAGGGCGAAGAGGACACCCCCGACCUGGCCGCGGUCAAGGCGCUGGCGCAAAACACCGCGGGCGAUGCAGACUCGGCGCUCACCCUGGCCCAAAAGCUUGCCGAAGAGCAAAGCGAAAAUAACACUGUCCAGCUGCUUGCUGGAACUGUGUUGCAUGUGCAAGGGAAAACAGACGAGGCCCUGUCUCUGCUCAGCAAGCACCAGGGGAACCUGGAGGCUGUUGCUCUCUCGGUUCAAAUUUACCUCCAAACGAACCGCAUCGACCUCGCUCUUAAAGAAAUCUCGGGCGCGAAACGCUUCGCACAGGAUUCUCUAUUGUUCAACAUCGCAGAGUCGUGGGUGGGAUUGAGAGUGGGCGGCGAGAAAUACCAAUCGGCAUACUACGUCUACGAAGAGUUGGCGUCGAAUCCCAACUCCACUGCACCCCUGUCCAUAGUCGGACAGGCAAUUGCGGAAUUGCACCUGGGCCGUCUACCAGAAGCCGAGGCAGCGCUGUCCGAGGCUAUUCAGAAAUACCCAGAGGAUGCUCAGUUGAUUGCCAACACGAUUGUUCUCAAUGUUCUCAGCGGCAAGGACUAUACCGAGUUGACCUCGAAAUUGAAGUCGGUUGAACCCAACCAUAUUCUUCUCACUGAUUUGGAGGAAAAGAGCUCCUUCUUCGACACGGCGGCAGCCAAGUUUGCUCCCAAGGUAUCUUCGUGA